ACAUGCUCAAACUCGCGUUCGUGCCGGCCGCCGGUGACAAGCUCGUGCUCAAGCUCUCUCCUCCGCCGCCGCUUGCUGACAAGAAGUCGUCUCUGGCGGACAACACGACCGUCAUCGACUCUGGCGGAGGCAACGCCGUCCGCAUCCCCUCCGAGCCCGUCUCGCUCAAGGAUGGCAUCGACACCGGCACCGGCGGCACCGGCACCGCCAGCACCGGCACCGGCAACGUCCUGUCCGAGGGCGAGCCCGGCCCGCUCAAGGACGGCAUUGACGCGGGCGGCAACGUCGCGGGCGAGUUGUCGCCGAUGAGGUCCUCCGCGAAGGUCGGAAUCGUGCCGGCUGACGACGGCCACAUCACGCUCGUCAUCUCCGCGUCGGUGUCGCCUUCGCUCCUCGGAGCCAAGGCGUGCGGCGUCAAGAACGACGUGAAGGACAUCUCCGUGGCGAAGUUUGGCACGGAGGACGUCCCCAAGAAGGACCCGGCCGCGGAAAAGGCGCCCGACGCGGGCGCGGACGACUCGGACAAGGCCAAGGCCAUGUUCGCCACCCACGCGCCGAGCCC